CCAGUCACUCUGAAGUUAAGGGGUCUCUGCUUUGGAUAAAUAAAAAUGUCCGGUAAUUACAGACUACUGGUGAAGAACGCCAAACAGGUGGUUUUGAUCUGCAACAAUGGAGAGAAGUUUAUGACCAAACCUGGGAUGCAAAACCUUUCUGUGAUUGAAAAUGGGAGCGUAGUGAUAGGGAGCGAUGGGCUGAUUAAAGCUGUGGGUCCUGCAGAAAUCAUCCGAGCUCAGUAUUCAGAAGCGACAUUUGAUAAAGUGAUUGAUGCUACAGGAAUGUGUGUCCUGCCUGGGUUGGUUGAUGCCCACACCCAUCCAGUCUGGGCUGGUGACAGGGUGCAUGAAUUUGCAAUGAAGCUGGCAGGUGCCACCUACAUGGACGUGCACCGUGCUGGCGGAGGGAUCCACUUCACGGUGGAGCACACCCGAGCUGCCGGGUUCUUGGAGCUGCUGGGGUCCCUCAGCAACAGGCUGGUUCGGAUGCAGCGAGCGGGUACGACCCUGGUGGAGUGUAAGAGCGGGUACGGCCUGGAGCUGCAGACUGAGCUCAAGAUGCUGCAGGUGAUCGAGGAGGCCAGACACACGCUGCCCAUCAACAUUUCCUCAACCUACUGUGGAGCCCACGCAGUGCCCAAAGGGAAGACAGUUGCUGAAGCCACAGAAGACAUCCUGCAGGUUCAGCUGCCGAAGCUGAAAGAACAGAUGUCUGCCGGGACUCUGAGCGUCGACAACAUCGACGUGUUCUGUGAGCAGGGAGUGUUUGACCUCAGCUCUACUCGCUCCAUCCUGCAGGCCGGCAAAGACAUGGGCCUCAACAUCAACUUCCACGGAGACGAGCUUCAUCCCAUGAACUCUGCUCAGUUGGGUGCAGAGCUCGGAGCCUCGGCCAUCAGUCACCUGGAGGAGGUCACAGACGAGGGGAUCGCUGCCAUGGCAACAGCAAGAACCGCCGCCGUCCUUCUACCAACUACAGCUUACAUCCUACGGCUACCUCAGCCUCGGGCCAGAGACAUGUUGGAAGCCGGAGUUAUUGUGGCUCUCGGCAGCGACUUUAACCCCAACGCUUACUGCUGCUCCAUGCCAAUAGUCAUGCACCUGGCCUGUGUCAACAUGAGGAUGUCCAUGCCAGAGGCUUUGGCUGCGGCCACCAUCAACGCAGCGUACGCCCUGGGACGCUCCCACACACACGGCUCCCUGGAGGUCAACAAACACGGAGACCUGCUGGUCCUCAACACCUCACGAUGGGAGCAUCUGAUCUACCAGCUGGGAGGACAUCAGGAGCUGAUCCGCUACGUCGUCAUCAAAGGAAACGUUGUUGUUGAUAACGAAAAAACUAUGGACUUGUAACCAGAAGACACUUUGUGAAGCUGCUAUCAAUAAUUCUGAUAGACGGCUACAAGAUUUUAAGGUAACACAAUUUGACAUUUUUGGAAAUGCAGGUAUGCGACUGGAAACCAGUAGCUAACCGAGCUGCGUCCACUGGUUGCCUGGCCUUUCCCCCACUAGAUGGCUGUAUUUCCCAAUAUGUCAAACAGUUUCUUUAAGCUAAUAUUAACCUAAACAUCUGUUAAAUAUCUGAUAAAUGUCAUGUUAACUGUUGAUUAAAAUCUGCCUCUCUAUUCAUUUAUCUUGUUUCUUCUAUGCAGAGCGAAGCAUGUCUUCAAUAGGUUUUCAGUUAUUCAGUGACUACAGCAAACAGAGGAAUUUCUUUAUCACCUCAGAAACAGGUAAGAUGUUUCGCACCUCAGUGAUCAAACAGGUUAUUGAUUGACGUUAUGGGACCGUUGGGGGUGAAAGCAGAUACUAAAACUAUUCAGUUAAGAUUGCAGGAGCAAAAGAAAACAAAAGUAAUGAGUCAGUAAUGAGUCAGUAAUAUCAGUGCGUCUGAAAAAAAAAAAAUCACAUUUGAGAAGAGUGCUUUUAUUGAACAUGUUAGUACAUAAUGCUUUUUAGUA